AUGGGCUGGAUGAGGUGUGGUUCUUGCUUGGCGCUGCUGGCUAUCGCCGGGGCGUCUAACAUCGGGGCGUCUAACAUCUCAUGCCUGGAUUCCUUCCGCUCCGUCAGCCCCUUGCCAGUCCAAGCGAAGCAUUGCCUUCUGCAUGAGUUGGAUGCCUUGGUCGAAUCGCCCCAGCGCUUCUACUUCGAGAAGAUCGGGGUUGUGGUGGGCUAUGAGAUCUUGUCCAAGCUAGGGGAGAUUGAGUUCACCUUUGCAGUGCCAAGUACAGGUUGGUUUGGCUUUGGGAUUUCAGAAGUAGGGAGCAUGAUUGGAGCCGACAUGGUGAUUCUGGAGGACGGCCCGAACGGAUUCAAAGUCACUGAUGCCUAUUCCCAUGGCUUUGAGCGUCCUGUGGCAGACAAGCUUCAGAACUGGAGAGCCCAGAGCAUCACUCACUUGAGCCUGGGGGAGACCUGUUUGGGACCGACGGCUGUGACCAAGGCCGUGCUCAGACGAAUGAUGAAGACUUGCGAUGGCGAGGAUGAGGACCUAGGCCCUCAGUGGAUGCAGAACUACUUUGUGGCUGCUUAUGGUGAUGGGCGCAUGAACUACCAUGGCCAGGUGCGCGAGACCACUUCACAUUACAUGUUCUUGCCUGAGCCCAUCUUACAUGAAGAGGCGCUUGAGGCUGUGGAAGUGGACGUCAUGGGUCCACGCAUCAAGGUACCUCAGGGGCAGACGAAUCAUUGCUACACCAAGGUGGAGAUACCUUGUGACCUCAAAGUUCAUGCCUGGGCCGUCUUGAACAUCAACAACCUUCAUCACAUGCACUUGGGGCCUCUGGAGCCAGAGCUGGACUUCGCAGAGCAAUACCAAUGUUCAAGUUACAGUCCGGGCCAAGUGUCCCUUUCUUGGGGCCUUGGAGAUGCGAAGAAAGUCCUACCAAACAGCCUCUUCAUUGAGCUGAAGGCUGGCACUUACGUCCUGGAGGCUCACUUUGAGAACCCCAGGAAAGACGCCUUUGACAUUCAGACUGGCUUCCGUCUGUGGGCCGCCAGUUCUGACGUGUCUGCUGACAAGGCAGUGGGUAUCACGAGCAUCAACGGAGUCUGGAGAGAUGUCCUGCCGGCGAACCACAUCGUCCAGAAGAGCUUCGUGUUGACUCAAUCGUGCACAGACACCCUGCCAGCACAUGGAGUCACUGUGAUUGGGGCCUUAGCACACAUGCACUACGCCGGCAAGUCCAUGAAGGCAUACCGAACGAGGCGCGGACGCACAGAGAUGCUCUUCGAGCAGCGGGGGUUCGACUUCAAUCGUCAGGCUGUGAUCUACAAAUCUUUUAAGUUGAUGCCCGGGGAUGUGAUCUCAUGGACAUGCACGUGGGACUUGAGGAAUCUGGGUGACAAGGUAUGGGGCUUGAGCUCUGAGGAUGAGAUGUGCCAGAUCUUCCUGGCUGCCAACCCUCCACUGCCCUUUGCACGAGGCGUGGUGGGCAUCCCCAGCCAAGGAGAUGAGUAUGGCGUCUGCGGAACACGUGCCUGCUUUGACUUGGAGGAGUGCUCGACGCUGGCACCGCACAGCAAGGAGUUCCACAAGAUUGAACUCCAGCCUUUGACAACCGAGGAGGGUCCGCAGCGCGAACUUUGCGAGUUGCUUGUAGAGGCAGAGGCAACUCCACCCGUAAACAACUGGAUCUUGCCGCACAGCAUGAUCGUGCAUUUGGGCCUCAUCGCGGUGGCCUACAAACUGGUGUCGCUGCUCUACAGUCGAGGACUUGAAGGUCACUUGAAUGUCUUAAAAAGAUCUCUGAACUGUGUGCUGGCCUUGCUUGGAAUGAUCGUGGGCACGCUCAUCGCCUGUCAUCCGGAAUGGUUCCUCUCUGAAGCUGAGAAGGUUUACUCUGUGAACGAGGCCAUUGGCAGCUCCUUCUGGUCUCUGAGUGCCUGUGCAGACUUGGUGGGCAGCGCCUAUGUCUUCGAGCUGAUUGUCAGAGGCAGCAACGAGUGUCUGCGCUGGGAUUUGGCUGUGCACCACUCAGCAACCAUCGCCAUAAUAGGCAUGUUGCGGAACGCUUUUGCCUACGAGUAUGCGCCGCAGUUCUAUGCAAGCAUCGCAGCCUGCUUGCUCUUGCAUGUUGUCACCGAUGUCCCUGUGUUGCUCAUCUUCGCGCUUCGGGGCGUCCCAGGGCACAAGACUUGCUUCAAGAGGAGCCUCUUUGCGGCCGCGUGGAUCAAGCUCGCAAUGCACGCGGCCAUCAAUGUUUGUUCCUUCUAUCUUUUCGUCUCAAGUGCUGAGACCUUUCGCCUGGCCAAUGUAAGCUUCGCUUCUUGGCUGAAGACGGGCUACAACAAGGAUCGUCCUCUUGCAACAGAUGCAAUGCGACGGUUCGAUUGGGCUGCCGUGCUCCAAGUCGGUAUUCCAGCAUUGGUGUGCAUCCUGUUUUUCACACAGAUGUGGACGACGUGGGUGCUUGUGCACGUGAGCCGCCGCACAGUGGCUGAGAGUGCCGAGAAGCAUGAAGAUGCAAAAAGUGAAGGCACGGCCAGUCUCAGUCUGUGA